UUUAGUCAUAAAUUGUAACAUUUUUCCAUCGUACAGUUCAAAUAUUCUAAUGAUUUUUCCUCCUCGAUCCAGAAGUCACUUGCGAUUAGCUUUAGCAUUGGCAGAAGAAUUAGUGCCACGUGGACACGAAAUUACGAUUGUAUCUUCCACCAAUGCCCCUUACGAAUCAAAAAAUAUUACAAUGGUCACAUUUAAGGAUUUUACAUACGAUGACAAAGAAAGGAGAUUGAAACUCGUUGAAAUCGGAGACACAGGAGUUAUCACCUUGUUAAAAGAUGUAACUGAAAUGCUGGUGGCAAUGACAACCCAUUUCCAUAACGAUCCCAGCUUUAGAAAUAUAUUAGAAUCCAACAAAACUUUCGACUUAGUGAUAGUUGAAAACCUGGCAGGUGAAUCAUUUUACGGUCUUGGAAAUUACUAUAACUGUCCCGUUAUAGUCCUGGCACCGGGGCCUGUUUCGUUGUUUAAUAGUUUUCUGGUGUCGAAUCCGGCGCAUCCUGCCUACGUACCAAAUUUUAUCGCUGGUUUACCUAGUGAAAUGAAUUUUCUACAACGUUUUCAAAAUACAAUUUAUUAUAUUUGGGGGAAGUACUUCGUUUACACUACUGCAAUGUCACAAUACGAUGCGAUAAUGAAGAAAUCGUACCUUCCAAAUGGGCCGGAUUUGUAUGAUAUAUACCACAACAUAAGUUUAGUGUUGACAUAUUCCCAUGCGAGUGUCCACCCAAAUAUGCCAAUGGUUCCUGCAUUAAAAGAAGUAGGAGGCUUUCAUAUUAAAAAACCUAAGCCACUGCCGAAGGAUCUGCAGAAGUUUUUGGAUGAUUCACCUGACGGUGUCAUAUUAUUUUCAUUUGGAUCUUAUGUGUCUGGUACAGACCUUUCCGCGCAGGAAAGAAAUAUAUUUAUUAACGCAUUAGGCCGAUUGAAACAGAAAGUUUUGUGGAAAUUCGAAGCAAAAUUGUCUAAUUUACCAACAAACAUUAAGAUAAUGAAGUGGUUACCUCAAAAUGACGUACUAGCCCAUCCCAAUGUUAAAGCAACUAUUUCUCAUGGUGGACUGCUAAGUGCCCUAGAAGCUAUUUACCACGGAGUACCAAUAAUUACAAUUCCAUUAACUUGGGACCAAAAUUAUAAUGGUGUUCAGUACGAAAGUAAAGGAUAUGGAAUUAAUAUUCCUUUCAAAGAAUUAUCAGAGGAGAAAUUAUUUGCAACAGUGAAUGAACUUCUAACAAAUAAAAAGUCCGUAUUUAAUUAAAUUAAUAAGACGUGCUUAUUAUAAUAUUUCGUUUUUAGAUAUACGGCAAAUGUAAAGAAAUGGUCUAGAAUUAUGAAGGACGAUAUCGUUAGUCCAAUGGACAAAGCUAUAUUUUGGAUAGAAUAUGUAAUACG